AUGAUCCUCUCAACUGUCGCCAUCCUCGCCAUGGCGCUGCAGGCGCAGGCAGCGGAGUACACUCUCUCCCACCGUUUCUUGGACGGCAGCGACUUUGCGCCCCGAGGUGUCGUCCAGAUUGACAACAACAAGGUGACUUAUGAGCCUUCCGCCCAGGCCGUCGCGCCUUCCUCUAGCGACGCCAGUUGGUACCAGAUCGCCCUCGACAUCGGUGACCAGCAGUUGACUACCUCUACACGAGCUCCUCUUUGA